AUGAGUGAGACAGCAUACCUCAGAGAGAAAUUUACUCAACUAGAAAAGGCAAAGGAAACACCACAAAAUACAGUCCCAAAGAUACAAAAGGUAGCAAGUUAUCUCCGAGAUCGAGAGCACUCGAAGAACCAUUACUUACCCAGGUUAGUUUCAAUUGGUCCAAUCGAUCAUGGUAAACGGAAGCUGGAGCUGGGAGAAAAAUACAAGCUUAUGUGGACAGCAAAGUACCUUCAACGCACCAAACAAGAUGGUCCAACUCUGUACCAAAAGAUUGCAUCAAAUAUCAAACAUUUGAAAGAACAGUUUGCUGAGGAUGUCAUUAGAGACUUCGAUGGUGAUGAUGAAAAGCUGUCGUGGACGCUAUUUGUGGAUGGUUGCUCUCUGCUACAAAUCUUGGAGAAGGCAAACCUCGAGGAUCGAAAAGAAAUGAAUCUUAAGGUUGACCAACGGGUUCUUGUGUGCCAAGAUGUGCUUUUGUUAGAGAAUCAGCUUCCCUAUGAAGUGCUUAAACUCUUGUCAGGCCACCAGAAUGAUGACACACUGGUAAAAAGCAUGAACAAGUUUCUUAAGAGCCAUCAUUUAUCACCCGUUGAAGACAAAGGCAAGACCAAGUGUAAUAACGAAGAAGGAGACAUAGCAAUGGAUGAAUAUGGUUUUGCAAGCGUUUACGUAAAUGAAACGACCCUUUAUUAUUAUGCACAAGGCAAGGACUUACCUUUUCAUCUUCUCGAUAAGCUUCACAAAAGUGUGGUUUGUGGCUCCAAACAUUACAUAGCAACGGACUCCCACACAACAUACAGGAGCAUAGGAACUGAGAGCAGCAGGGAUUAA